ACAAAUCGAUUCAAGUUAACUGAGAUAAUUUUAAAUUAUGUCAGUUAGCUAGUAAAUAAGUUUUUAAAUGUAGUUGGUUAAUUUUAAGAGAAUAGGAAGUUGGUUAUUUUAAGCAAUAAAGUUGUGUGUGUUUGAAGGCAAAAGAAAAGACAGAAAUGAAGGCAGGAAGAAAGACAAAAAAGAAGACAAGAAAGGAGGUAAAAAGAAAUAGAGGAAAGAGAAGAAAAGAAAGAAGGAUAAGAGAGAAAACAAGAAAUAAGAUAAGGGGGAGAAGAAGACUGAUUCAAAUAAUGAAUAGGGAAAAAAGAAACAGAAAAAAGAGAAGAAAGAAAAGGAGGAAAGACUAUUUCGGUUUACAUAGUUAUGAUUUUGUGUUAAUCGGCUUUGGUAUAGCUGAAUCAGUUGAUGACAUCUGCUUGGACGAGCAAGAAUCCCCAUAUGUUAUAUAUGUUGAGGGUAUUUCAUUUGAAGUAGAUUUUAUGAUUGCCAAUGGAAUUACGUUGGACUUAGAACAACGUAUCCUACGGAGCGCGGUAAUGGAAUGUCCAUUGAAUACUGGCAGUGAGCAUUGCGAUAGGGUGAGACAGGUUCGAUUGAAUCGACGACGACGAAUACCGGCAAAUUCAGAAGCGAUUGUAUGGGGAAAACUAGACGCGAAUAAAAGGACGAACAGAUGCUGGAUUGUAGAAGCCAUGGAAAAUGUCGGAGUCGAUAAUAUCGUAUUUGCACGAACUUUGGUGCAUCCGUUCAGGAUUAAUCAGGAAAUCAAAUAUGAUGCGGAGAUCGCAGAGGGCUUGUUGAUCGCGAAGUUGUCUUAUAAAGAUAUACCGUUAAACGUUGAUGCCAACCUCACAGAUGAUAAGAACGUGACAAUUGAUGUAAAUGUCUUGUUUCAUGAGGAUACCACAGAUGACGUAUUGGCUACGGGUAGUGAAUUUAAUGCUGAUGUCAGAGAUGUCUUGUUCGUUUCGGACAUAAGAAAUAAUGAGAAUAAGAUGAAAGUAGUUCAUUUGGAACGGUUGGCGCGUUGUCAUGAAGAUAUGGUGACACUUGUUCGGGACGAACAAGUUUAGGUGGAGGGCAGUGUUGCGAAGAUACAAAUCGAUUCAAGUUAACUGAGAUAAUUUUAAAUUAUGUCAGUUAGCUAGUAAAUAAGUUUUUAAAUGUAGUUGGUUAAUUUUUAAGAGAAUAGAGAAGUUGGUUAUUUUAAGCAAUAAAGUUGUGUGUGUUUCAGAAGAUAAAUUACGGUUAUAAUUAAUACAAGUUUAAUAUUAUUCACUUAUCAGAAUCCAGUGUUAUCGAACGAAGCGUUUGA